AUGACAUCUAAUCCUAGUCUAAGUUGGCAAGAGAUUCAAGAUGUUUACUAUAGUUUGAGAUCUUGCUAUGACACAUUGAAUUGGUCAAUUGGAAACCUUCAUUCUGAUCAUAAGGUUAAAAUAUCUUCCAAUUCAACCUUGGUGGCAUUAUCAUCAAAACAUGCUAAAUACCCUAGUCUAAUAGAAAUCUAUUCCAUCAGUGGUAAUAAAUUAUGGUCAAUUAUCUUCAAUUCAACACCCACAGAGCAUAUAAUUGAUUAUGAAUUCCGAGGAGAAGACUUGUAUGUGGUAUUAUCUAAUCAAAAAAUCAGACAUUAUAGAGAUUUGAAAGGUAACUUUAACGAGUAUAGUUAUACAGAUAAGUUGAUUAAACUUGAUGAUUUCGGAGAUUCAAACAUUCUUUUACCUAAAAAUGAAGAAUUCAAAACCAUCACUAAUCUUGAAAGUAAUGAUAUAGAAGAAAUUUAUAAAGUUGAAGAGAUUUAUAAUUGGGGACCCUACUUAUUCUUAAGGUUGACUAAUAGAUUCAUUAUCACCGAUUUGAAUACCUGGAAGAACUAUGAGAUCCCUAUUUCUGAUCAAUUAUCCGAUAAAAUUCAUUGUAUGAGUUUGGUAACGAUAUCCAAUGAUGAUAAAGAGAUUUUGACUGUGAUAUGUUUUAACAAUACGGUGAUUUCAUUGAAAGUAGAUUUAAAUUCCAGCAGUUAUGAGUUCAUUGAUUAUGGAUUAACUGAUGGACCAUUCAAUAAGGUGGCAGUAUCGCCAAAUGGUCAGUUGAUAGCGUUAUUGAAUAGUGAGCUUUCAACUAUAUUUGUCAUUAAUAACACUUUCAACCAAGUUCUUUUGGAAUACGAUACUUCAAAUGAUUCAAGUUUACCUUACCAAAUCCAAUGGUGUAGCAAUGAUGCUUUAGUAUUGGCAUUAAGAGACGAAAUCAAAUUAUUAGGUCCCAAUCAAGCAUCUAUAUCGUUUUUUUAUGACGUUUUAGAAGAAGAUUUCGAUUUUGAUAGUGUUUUGAAGAAUAAUGGGGUUGAUGAAUUAUCAUUCACUAUUCCUAUAUUGAAAUCUGAAGUUGAUGGGUUGAAGAUUUUAACUACAAAUAAACUUGAAUUCUUAUCUAGAGUACCCAUUGAAAAUGUUAACUUAUAUCAAAUAGGUUCAUCCCAUCCAAGUUCUAUUUUACUUGAUUCCAUUGAUAAAUUAUCCUUACAUUCUUCCAAAGCCGAUGCUAAUAUCUCAUUAUUGAAAUCAGAUCAUUCUUUACUUCUUGCUAUUGAUGAAAGUUUGAAAGCUGCAUUAUAUGAAUUCAAUCCAUUCUGGCAGAAAAAGAUCUUAUCGUCAGUAUCAUUUGGUAAAACGUAUUGUGAUCAGUCAUUCAAUGGAGAAGAAUAUGUGAAAGUGGUCAACUUGUUAAAAGUAUUGAAUCAAUUAAGGUCAUCAGAAAUAGCUAUCUUUUUAACUUCCAACGAAGUCGAAACUAUAGGUUGGUCCAGCAUUAUUGAUAUGUUACUAAAAAGAGAUGAAUAUCUUUUAUCGAUCAAAAUCAUUGACUUAUUGGGAUUGAAUCAUUUGAAAGAUAAAAUCUAUAUAAAUUGGUGUUGUUAUAAGAUCAAGAAAGAAAUAGAUCUAGAAGAUCAUGAACUAUUCAAGAUCAUAUCCAAAAAAUUGAAGUCGGCAAGAAAUAAUCUUCCUUUCAAUGAAGAUACGAAUUAUAUUUCCAUAUCCGAGAUUUCAGAAAUUGCCUAUGAAGAGGGUAGAAUUGACUUAUGUAAAUUAUUGAUAGAUCUUGAACCUUCUAUGAACAAGAAAAUUCAACAAUAUAUCAAUUUCGAAGAAUUGGAAUUGGGGUUGAUCAAGAGUUUUCAAUCAAAUGAGUAUGACUUAUGUAAGUUGAUACUUUUGUAUUUAUAUGACACCCUUUCGAUAUCCCAAUUUUUCAAGAUUUUACAUCAAAAUGAACAGAAAUCAGAUACAAUUUCAGGUGAUGCCGUAGAACAUUUCUGGAUCGAAAUUAUCGGUAAAAACGAAUCAACUUCUGCAUUAUUAGAGAAAUACUAUAAACAAGAAGAUAUGAAGAUGGAUUUGACUAUACUAAAAUUCAAGACAUUCCUCAAACAGUUCAAUGAAGAUUUGAUCAAAGAAACAGUUGAUGAUGAUUUUUACGAUAAUUAUAAAAGCCAAUUGAAAAAUCUUUCAGGUUUUUCGGGUGAUAGAAGAAAUAGUAAAUACUAUCAAUUAGAAUUGGAAAUCCUUGAAGCCAAGAAACGAUUAUCUGACACCUAUCAAGUUGAUUUCUUCAAAUAUAAAUCCUUGAAUGAUAUCAUCACCAAAUUGAUACAAAUGAAUCAACUCAAACAAUGUCAAAAACUCACUAAAGAAUUUAAAAUCCCCCAAGAGAAAUUCUGGUUCAUUUUGAUAGAAACUUAUGCAAGCACAGGAGAAUUCGAAAGAUUACACCAAUUCAUUUUAUCCACAUCUGCCGAUAAACAUAAUUUGAAGUCUCCUAUCAGCUUCCAAAACAUAGUCGAUACCUGUUUGGCUUAUAAUGGACCAUCAGAGAAUAUUUCCAUUUAUAUCGAUAAUUGUAAAGAUAUCCAUUAUUCUGAGAAGAUUCAAAUGUACAUUAAGAAUAAUGAUUUAGUACUGGCUGCUAAUGAAUCUUAUUAUUACAAAGAUAUAGAGUUUUUAAGAUCCAUCCUUGAAAGAGCUAAUAAGUUAGCUAAUGAUUCUACCAUAGAGUCAAUUAAAAGUUUAAUCAAUAAGUUAGGUUAUUAA